GAUGCCUCAGCACCACCUGGGCUCCUCCUCCAUCUCCUCUCUCCUCCCUCCAACCUGUGGAUAGAAAAGGGCAUCAUAAGCCCUGAGCUGUCAAACCAGGCUCACGAAUUCACGAGUUACGAAGCUCCUCAGUUUUAUCUCACUCUGACUGACAGCAAAGAUGAGCCACGGAGACCGCUACACUUCGUCAUCCUACCGGAAGAUCUUCGGUGAUUCUCCGAAGUUCGCCGUCUCGUCCUCCCGGAUGAGCAGCCCGUCUCCUCGGUCCUCUCCGGGGCUCCGGUCCAUGGCCGCGUCCCGCAGCAGCGCGUCCUCUCUCGGCCUCUACAGACGGGUCGGCCGGUCCACCUCCUUCUCUCCGGUCCGCACUAACUCACUGGACCUCAGCCAGUCCUCCGUGGUCAACAAUGAACUCAAAGUCAUCAGAACUAACGAGAAGGAGCAGCUGCAGGGUCUGAAUGACCGCUUCGCCAUGUUCAUCGAUAAAGUCCGGCACCUGGAGCAGCAGAACAAGGUGUUGGAGACAGAGCUGGUGACGCUGCGGCAGAAACAUGGCGAGCCGUCCCGCAUCGCUCACCUCUACCAGCAGGAGCUGAGGGACCUGCGGUCACAGAUGGAGGAGCUGAGCCGGGACAAGAACCGCAUCCUGAUCGAGAGGAACAACAUAGAGGACGAACUGCAGAAGCUCAGUGUGAAGUAUGACGAGGAGGCAAGGGCACGGGAGGAAGCAGAGCAGACCCUGAGGUGCUACAGGAAGGACGUGGAUGACGCCACAGCCGUUCGCAUGGACCUGGAGCGCCGCGUGGAGUCGCUGAUGGACGAAAUCUCCUUCCUGAGGAAAGUGCACGACGAAGAGAUCCACGAGCUGAGCAGCAUGAUGGAGGAGCAGCAGGUCUCCGUGGAGCUCGAGCUCGAGCUCGCCAAGCCGGACCUCACCUCGGCUCUGAAGGAGAUCCGCAACCAGUACGAGUCCAUCGCCUCCAAGAACCUGCAGUCGGCCGAGGAGUGGUACAAGAGCAAGUUCGCCAGCCUCAACGAGCAGGCCACCAGGAGCAACGAGGCCAUGAGGGCCAGCAGGGAGGAGAUCAGCGAGUUCAGGAGGCAGCUGCAGUCUAAGACCAUCGAGAUAGAGAGUCUGAGGGGCGCCAACGAGUCUCUGGAGAGGCAGAUCACAGAGAUAGAGGAGGCACACAACGUUGAAGUCACAGCCAUGCAGGACACUAUUGGGCACCUGGAUACUGAGCUGAGCAACCUGAAGGGGGAGAUGGCCCAGCACCUGAGAGAGUAUCAGGACCUGCUCAAUGUCAAGAUGGCCCUGGAUAUAGAGAUAGCUGCCUACAGGAAACUGCUGGAGGGGGAGGAGACUCACUUUAACUCAGGGAUGUCGUUUGGUGCUGCCGGCUACAGCUACCAGACUCGAGGCUCAGCCAGCUCCUCCAGGAGCAGCCAGAGGGAGAAGGAAGGGACCAAGAAGGAGAGCGUCAAGGAGCGCAGUGAGGAUAAAGAUGAGGCAGACAUCAACUCCAACAACUGAAGGAAGACAGAAAAGUGUUAUACAUGUACAUGCAUAGCGAGAUCAUAGUCACAUACUGUAUUUAUUAAGGGCAACACUAAGACACGUUUUGGACUUGAAAUUGAAAAAUACAAAAUGUUAUGUUUUCCCUUGAGUGUAUAUGUCAGUAUUUAGAUGAUCUUUGGACCCUGAAAUGAGGAGUUUGUCAGUAUUACUAAGUUGUAAAUCUUCAACAUUAAACAAAGAAAAGUAACCCUGAAAAUCUAAAUCAAAUGUACUGUACGUCUCCAGCUGCAAAAUAUUGUACCAUAGUAAAUAUGUGACCAGGUAUUGAAUGUUUCAGGGAUGAAUUUCCAUUUUGCUGCUGUGUGUGAUUGCACUGAAAAAUAAGAUUGCUCAGAACCAAAUGUUAGCGUAUUUCCACUCCUCUGUUGUUGUAGCAUGUUUUCAAUGAACUUGUGCUACGACGUUAGUCAAGACUGUAUCAAUUGUCACAUUUGUGGAGAUGUUUUCCCUCUUGCUAUCAUAGUCAGAUACUCUAUAGUGGCAGAAAGAAUAGCCAUCAUAAUUUAAUACACAAUAAUUUAGCAGUGGAAAAUAUUCAAUGCAUCAAAUAGUACAUUUAGUCCACCUGUUAGCACAGAUCAUUUCACCUGGCUGCAGUGGAAAACAUCUCACUGUUGUUUCAGUUACGCUGAAUAAAGCAAUGAAUAAAAUGACUGAUAAAUUGUGA